UGCAGAGCAUCCCUGCCUCAGUCUGAAACCAGCUUCUCUGGGCAGUGUUCCUGUUGUUAGUCAUGGAGGUGCAGCGGUAUCCGAUGAGCGUCCGUUUAAUCGGCGUAAUGAAGAAGGAAAAAGUCAAAGUCUACAUGGUCUCUGUACUCUGGUCUGAUCAUAAUGACAUCGUUGUUUACAGAAGUUUUGAAGAUUUCAAGAAAAUGCAUAAGAAACUGAAGAAAACAUUCCCAUCCUCAGGUUCUUUAAACAACUCACACAGAAUUCUCCCCAAAUUUAAAGCUAUAAAAAUAAAGAAGAAAGUUCAGAAGACUGGUCCAACUAAGUCUCUCAAGAGCCUGGAGUUCUUGCAGAAAUAUUGCAAUAAACUUCUGCAGUGUGACCAGCACGUCACCCAGUCUUCACACCUCAUACAGUUCUUCCAACCCAAAGACCAGGACCUACAACCAGACUUUGCAAAGAACAGCAUCAUGAUCAUGCCUUCAGACGAUGCUAUCAAGAGUGAAGAGCCCCAGGGUAAUGGCGGCAACGUGACACAGCCAUUUGUCACAGAGACGUACAGGUGUGUGGCCCCGUACGAGACCAAAGACACCAAGAAUAAACCGUUCAAAGUAACACUGGAUGAAAAAGUUGACGUACUUAUCAAAGACAAAGCAGGGUGGUGGCUAGUGGAAAAUGAGAGUAAACGCAUGGCCUGGUUUCCGGCUCCCUAUCUGGAGAAGGUGGAUGACUAUGAUGACGAUGAACCUGAUGGGACUUCAGAAAGAGGGAAGCUUUACACUGUAGUGAAGAACUACAAGGCCACCAAGGACGAUGAGAUAAGCGUAACCAUUGGUUCCUUGGUGGAGGUCCUGGAGAUGUCUGACAACGGCUGGUGGCUCAUCAGAUACAACGGCAAAGCGGGUUACAUCCCCACCAUGUACCUGCAGCCCUACAGCCACCCGCAUCUCCGCAUGGCACCCAUUCGAGACAGACUCAGCCCAACCCAGUUCCACGUCCCUGUCUCCAACCUUUCCAACCAGCUCAGCCGCUCACAGGGCAACCUGCUGGAGCCGCAACCUGUCAGCCCUUCCUCACCAAAUCAGCUGCAGCCUCAGAAAAGGUCACGUUCCCUUGAAAUGCUGUCAGAAUUACCCCCCACUAAGCCUGCAGCAAAGACCGCCUUAACCCCCAAAAAUCGCCCCACUCCUUCCACAGAAAACCUUGCUCAACCUCUGCCCACCAUCAAGGUGGAGAUGGACGAAGGCACGGUUGAGAACAGCAUGACAAUAGAUAGUGAGGGCAGCUUUGGCAGCUUUGAUAGUGACAGCACUGAUUUUAGCCUCAGCGAUGAUCUCAGUUCUUCUUCAGCGAGCUCGGUACUCAAUCUGAGCUAUGACGCUGCAUAUAAGCGCUUGCAAGUCAGUCGUACACCACCUCCACCCACGACGACCAGCCUCCUUAGUCCUUCAAGUGCCGAAGUUAAACUUACUCCUAGUGUCUCUGAUCCAAACCUCUAUAAGGGUCCCAAAGCACCCAAGGUGCCACCAAGGCCACAGACUCAAGAGAUCCUCACCCGUUGCACUACCAUCACCCGCAAGAAUGCAUCCAGAGGAGGAUCACCUGUACCACCUGAAAUAACAUCCUGUUAAAUUUCUCCUGAUGACUUUGUUAGAUUUAUGUUUGAGUAAAGGAACUUUGUAAAAAUAGGAAAGUUCUGACAUAGAACUUGAAUGCUAUGUACUACUAUCUCUAAUAUCUCUCUACUAGUAAGGAUGUACUGUAUCGCCUCCUCAGUCUAUAAAUGAAAUAAUUUUCAAUUGGACUUAUUUUC